GCACGGCACGAUGUGAUCACUUGUCAGUUGUCUCAAAAGGAGAGCGCUGCGCCUUUAAAGGCUCCCGCUGCGCGAAGGUAAGGUAAGGAGUGGUGCGCUCCCUGCGUCCGUGCUCUUCUCUCCUCUUCUCUCUCUCUCUUUGUAUGCACACCGAUGCUUGACUGCAGACUCUACUGUAAGCCUAUGCCGUUGGUCUCACUAAAAAAAAAAAUGAGAGAGAGAGCGAGAGAGGGGGAGACCUACUGCACAUCCGGCACUAAACAUGCAUGCUUCACUUUAGGUUUAAGGGGGGAAAAGGCAACCUUUAUCUGACAAGCUAUUUUUUGGCGUGGAAAAGACUGAGGAUCCUCAUCUUGCGCAUUGCCUUGUGGCGCAACGUCACUUCUCCUAAGGACACUGGGGGGACGUCAUAUUUUGCUGAUCUAAGCAUCUUUGGACCAUUACUGAGGAGGCUUUUCAAAGGAAAGAAAAGGCUGCCCCACCAUCUUCUAUGGUGCCCCAUCUGUCGCCCCGCUGGAGGAGAGGGGUCUUCCGUGGAUCCCCAGUACCCCGCCAGUUGCUUUGAGAGAGUCUGUUCCGACCUCCUGCAGCUCACUGUGCAGGUAUCCUGGCAGCGACCACUGGACGGAGAGGUCAGAGAUGGAGGCAACUUUAGACUUCUCACUCCAUGGUGCGGGUGGUGAAAAUUUUAAGCGGCUGUGAGUUGGGAAGAAGGCACCUCAGGGACAGGCAGCAUCUUCUUCUGCAGUCUGCCUCUUCUUGGGUAUAAGGAGCAACGCUCUUAAGGUCAUCACAGUCCAAGUGUUGGAGGUGGACCUUGGAGCUAGCAUUCCUUUGCUUUGUUCUUCUUGAUUCCUGACUGCCUAGAAGCUCUGUACAGAAGAGACCCUGAAGAGAAUUAAAGUGAAGAAGAAAAGAAGGAGGCUUGAUCUCCUGCUGACAUGACGGUUGCAACUGGGGACCCUACAGAUGAAGCAGCAGCCCUUCCAGGUCACCCACAGGACACCUAUGACCCGGAAGCUGACCAUGAGUGCUGUGAGAGAGUGGUCAUUAAUAUUUCAGGGCUGCGGUUCGAAACGCAACUCAAAACUUUGUCUCAAUUUCCAGAGACUCUUCUUGGAGACCCCAAGAAAAGAAUGCGCUAUUUCGAUCCUUUACGGAAUGAAUACUUCUUUGAUAGAAACAGACCGAGCUUUGAUGCCAUUCUGUAUUACUACCAAUCUGGAGGGCGGCUAAGACGGCCUGUCAAUGUACCUUUGGACAUUUUCUCAGAGGAAAUUCGAUUCUAUGAGCUGGGUGAAGAAGCAAUGGAGAUUUUCAGGGAGGACGAAGGCUUCAUUAAAGAAGAGGAGAGGCCUUUGCCAGAGAAUGACUUUCAGAGACAAGUAUGGCUGUUGUUUGAAUACCCCGAAAGCUCAGGGCCUGCCAGGAUUAUCGCCAUUGUUUCUGUGAUGGUCAUCCUAAUUUCCAUUGUCAGUUUUUGUCUGGAGACCCUACCUGUUUUUAGAAAUGAUGAAGACGAUGUGCACACAGGACCUGUUAACCACCAGUUUUCAAACAGCACCUCUAGCUAUCAUUCAGCUUCCUUCACAGACCCUUUCUUCAUCUUGGAAACCCUUUGCAUCAUUUGGUUCUCCUUUGAGUUUCUUGUACGCUUUUUUGCCUGCCCCAGCAAAGCUGGCUUCUUUGUUAAUCUAAUGAACAUCAUAGAUAUUGUUGCUAUUAUCCCAUAUUUUAUCACCUUGGGCACAGAGCUGGCCGAGAAGCCAGAAGAUGGCCAGCAAGGUCAACAGGCCAUGUCCUUGGCCAUUUUGAGAGUUAUCAGACUUGUCAGAGUCUUCCGUAUCUUCAAACUUUCCCGACACUCAAAAGGACUCCAGAUUUUAGGACAGACGCUCAAGGCCAGUAUGAGAGAACUAGGACUCCUGAUCUUCUUCCUUUUUAUAGGUGUCAUCCUCUUUUCUAGUGCGGUGUACUUUGCCGAAGCAGAUGAAGAGGAUUCCCACUUUAUCAGCAUCCCUGAUGCCUUCUGGUGGGCAGUUGUCUCAAUGACCACAGUGGGAUAUGGAGACAUGGUGCCCACAACAAUUGGAGGCAAGAUCGUAGGAUCCCUGUGUGCAAUUGCUGGUGUCUUGACCAUCGCCUUGCCCGUGCCUGUGAUUGUCUCCAACUUUAACUACUUCUACCACCGUGAGACGGAGGGAGAAGAACAAGCGCAAUACUUACUAGCCGCCAGCGUUCCCAAAAUUCCAUCCUCUGAGGAGCUGAAGAAGAGUCGAAGUGCCUCAACUAUCAGCAAGUCAGAUUACAUGGAAAUUCAGGAAGGGGUAAAUAACAGCAAUGAGGAUUUCCGUGAAGAAAACCUCAAGGCCGCAAAUUGCACCCUGGCCAAUACAAACUAUGUCAACAUCACAAAGAUGCUCACAGAUGUAUAACUGUCGGCAAUGUCCAGUCUGGGUGGGCUGGGAGAAGGGGCAGGUGUUCCAACUUGAUAAUGUUCAUGAAGGAGAAAGAAAAAGGAAGGAAUCAAUGUGUUUUGGAGUUAAACCUGCUACCGGAGAUGCCGGGGCCUCCCUCCCAUCUUACAGGACCAUGUGAACAUCUCCCACCUUCUUGGUCACUUUUGCUAUCCUAUUGUAACCAAUAUCCAGAUGUUGGUGUAUGCAUGGUGUUACUCUUAUCUGUGUGACUCUUUUAUAGUAGUUACUUUGCCCACGGCAAAACAGACAGUAGCCAACCUGUAGCCAAAAAAAGUAGCAAAAACACCGAAUGACAACAUUAGCCUCCACCGCGAUGUCUACACCUUCUCCGCCCCAGCUCCACCACAUCGCUCCAUCGGGUUUAAAUAAUCAUCCAAAGAUAAUGCAAUACCUUGACUUCUUUCUGCCGUCUCUAGUUUUCUACAAAUGGCACAAAAAAGGACGGACGUGAAAAAUACCAGAUCAAGGAGGUCAAAUAAAGGUGACAGUGGAAUACGACUGGCUUGAUGCAAUUAAACUCUGCAUCAACCUCUUGCAGAUGAUCAGGAAUUUCUGAAGAAUGCCGGAGACAUUAUUUAUGGGACACUUAAUAAGACCCGUGAGUAGUUUAACCGUAGGGUUGACAUGUGCUAUGUUCAGCUGACAAAACCAUCAGACUGUAGGAUGAUCACAUUGUUUUGCUUCUCUGCUAUUUCAUAUUGUUUCUUUUAUGUGAGGCCAUGGGUGUUCAGCAUAGACUUCACAUUUGUAUUGCUAAUAUGCUGAUGGGAAAGCCGGCAGUUUUAAAAAGCAGGUUACUUGCUUAUUUCAGUCUGUGUGUGUGUGCGUGUGUGUGCGUGUGUGUGCGUGUGUGUGUGUGUGAGGCUGGGUGUGUACACAUGGAUGUGUGUACGGUUUAUGUUUCUAUUCCCUGUGCCUGGUUUCAUAACCACUCUUUGCUGCAUUGUUGUUUUUUUCACAUUUACUGCAGUGUGUCAAAUGGGAACAUGAGGGACAUGUAUUGAAUAUGAAAGACAUGUUAAAAAAAUCCUCCCAUCAAAUCCAACACUGCACACACACACACACACACUCACGCACACACAUACACACACACACGUAUAUAAAAGCAAGCAAAUCCACCCUGCUUCAGCAACUCCCAGAAGCUGAACACUCCCAUUCGUUGCAUCACGAAUCCAUAAGAAGCACACAGAAUAGGAUUCACUGCUGUAAUGCCGCAGCAGUCCAGAUAACGGAUCACAUUGACAUUUUACUGUGACAUUGCAGCCUAAUGAAGCAAAUGACAUUCCUAGCUCAGUUACAGGGUCACCAAAGAUAAAUUCACUGCCGCUGUCCAUCUAUAUCUAUCUAUCUAUCUAUCUAUCUAUCUAUCUAUCUAUCUAUCUAUCUAUCUAUCUAUCUAUCUAUCUAUCUAUCUAUCUAUCUAUCUAUCUAUCUAUAUCAAUUUAGUUCAUAACCACUAAUGCUGGAAAUACUUUGGUGAAACCUGUAAAAUCUAUGCUUUCCUUGCAUUUCAACAAAUAGAAUAUUCUAACAAUGUUGCAUGACUGAGGUAAUUGUUAUAGCAUGCACUUUAAUAUUUAAUAUAGUCCAAAAAUAAGCCCACACACACAUAUGUAUAUUUUCCUUUGUGGGAUAUUUACUCUGUGCAAUAUAUAAGAAGUGUCUUUUAUUAUUAUGAUUAUCAUUUUGUAAUUAAUUGUGUAACCUUUUGCUACUAGAAAUUUUUGUCUGUUUAUUUAUUUUUAUUAUUUUUUUCUUCCAACAGCUAAACUGUAAAUUACUUUCAGGGGUUUAACUACAAGGAGGUUGUGUUCAUUUUUUUUUUUCUUUUUUUCUUGGUUAGCAAUAAGGUUAAUAUAUAAACCUUAGCAGAUUGCACUAACUGAAUAAUAAAAAGAAUAUAUUAAAAAAAAGAAAAGGAUAAAGAUGGGAGAAAGAGAAAAAGUAAGAGAGAGAGAGAGAGAAAGAAAUGUGCACUUUAAAUAUAUUUUUAUAAACAGUAUUCUAGGCAGGGCUCCCUUCAAAUCCUGAUCUACAUUAAGCAGGUCUGA